AUGAGGAGAAGGGGAAAAAAUCACGAUCCGUCACACGGAACCGCGAACCAUGGCGUAUAUAAGCGCCUCGGGCUGCACUCGGUCUCUUUCAACCCAACCAUGUCGUGGAAAGACCUUGCCGCAGCGAAGAAACAGGCGCAACUCGAGAAGAUUCCCCAGGAAUGGCUGAUCAAGGACCUGCCAACAGACAAGAACGUGGUCGACUUCCCCAAGAAGAGUGGACUUUUGUCAGACCUUGACCUCGAGAUAACGGAAUCGUCGGUUGCAACGCUGCUCCAGAAUCUCGCGUCGUCGAAAUGGUCCUCCGUUCAGGUCACCACUUCCUUCUCUAAACGCGCGAUUAUCGCACACCAGCUCGUGAAUUGCUUGACGGAAAUUUUCCUGGAUCGCGCUUUGGCUCGCGCCAAAGAGCUCGAUGAACAUCUUGCCCGCACAGGAAAGGUUGUUGGGCCGCUCCAUGGCUUGCCCGUCAGCUUGAAGGACCAAGUCAACAUCAAGGGCAUCGAGAGCACCAUGGGGUAUAUCGCGUGGAUUGGGAAACCUGUUGAGAAGAGCGCCAUUCUUGUUGACAUUCUGGAGGAAUCUGGCGCCGUUCUCUUCGUCAAGACCAAUGUCCCGCAGACUCUGAUGUGGGUGGAGACACAUAAUCUCAUUUUCGGCCGGACGAGCAACCCUCAUAAUCGCACGCUUACUAGUGGAGGCUCGUCAGGAGGAGAAGGGGCACUUAUCGCACUCAAAGGUAGCCCUCUUGGAUUGGGCUCUGAUAUUGGCGGAUCAGUGCGCGUUCCCGCCGGUUUUUGUGGAAUCUAUGGGUUCCGUCCUUCUUACCACCGAAUUCCGUACAGCGGUGCUGCCAACUCCCUCGAGGGUCAGGAUUCUGUUAACUCUGUGUUCGGCCCAUUGUCGCAGUCACUUGACGGGCUGACUACGGUCGUGAAGACCGUGUUGGGCAAACAGCCAUGGCUGAGGGACGCACAUGUGAUUCGCAAACAAUGGAGCGAGGAGGAGUACGCUCUCAGCGACCAUGGCGGCAAAGGGGGCAAACUAUGCUUCGCCAUCAUGUGGGAUGAUGGAAUCACUAAACCUGAUCCUCCCAUUCGACGUGGCCUGGAGUUGACCAAGAAGGCAUUGUUGGCUGCUGGUCAUGAAGUGAUUGACUGGAAGCCGUACAAGCAAGCCGAAAUCGGGCUGAACACCUUUGCCAUCUGGAGUGCUGGGUCUGGCGAUGAUUAUAGGUCCGUAACCCAGCUGAGCGGCGAACCGCUCAUCGGGUCGAUGGCGCCUGACGCCACGGGGAACGAAGUCCGACCAGUGUUUGGGAAGCCGCUCUCGGCCUAUGAGUUGUGGCAAGUCCAGAAGAAGAAGAGGGACCUGCGUCAGGAAUAUUUGAACCAUUGGUCAGCCACUGUUGCCCAAACAAGCACGGGCCGCCCAGUGGAUGCGGUCAUCACCCCGGUCGCGCCAUAUGCAUCGGCCCCGCACGGCUUGAACAGGAAUCUGUUCUAUACUGUCUGGUGCAACGCCCUCGACUACCCUUCGGUGAUUAUUCCGACCGGCGCCAAAGUCGACCCAGUGCUCGACGUGAAACAGCCCCGGACUGAAUUCUUUUCGCCGAUGCCAUUCGACAAGGACAUCUACGAGAGAUACACCCCAGAGCUUUACGAGGAUGCACCGAUUCCGAUCCAAGUCGUCGGGCGCACGAUGGAGGACGAAGCGGUGCUUGCCAUGUCGAAAGUCGUUGAUGAUGCUCUUCGCUCCAACCUGUAA